AUGAUGCCAGGCACGUCUCGCCAAUUGGGAACUUCGAACGGUGGCCCUGAGUGGGACACUUUAAUGGAGGUUCAUCAUGAACCAAUUGAAAGAAACUAUAAAUUAUUGGAAGAGAUUGGAAAGGGACAAUUUGCGAUAGUAAGAAAAUGUAUGGAAGUAAAAACUGGAGAAUUAUAUGCUGCCAAAAUUAUGAGAAAAAGACGAGUUGCCAGAGGUGUGGCAGCAGCAGACAUUGCUCGAGAAGCAGGCUUAUUAGCACGACUAAGACAUCCAAAUAUUGUUUCAUUGCACAAAGUUGUUGACACAGGCACGACAGUUGUUUUACUUUUAGAAUUAAUUUCUGGGGGAGAGCUUUUUCAUUGGGUACCAUCUGGUGAAUUAGAAGCUGCACAUGUGGUUCGUCAAGUUUUAAUGGCUCUCAGUCAUUUACAUUCUCAUCAAGUUGCUCAUUUAGAUAUCAAACCUGAAAAUAUUCUUCUAUCAACUCCUCCACCAAUGCCAAGUAUAAAAUUAAUAGAUCUAGGUCUGUCACAUCGAUUAGUACCUGGAUCUGAACACAGAGCAUUAUUUGGUACACCUGAGUUUGUUGCUCCUGAAAUUGUAAAUUAUGAACCACUCAGUCUGGGAACUGAUCUUUGGGCAGUUGGUGUUCUAACAUACAUUCUUUUAAGUGGUGCAUCACCAUUUCUAGGUGAAGAUAAACAAGAAACUUAUGCAAAUGUUGCUGCAUGUCAAUAUCAGUUUGACAAUGAGUAUUUCAGUACAGUUUCUGAAAUUGCCAAAGAUUUCAUAAGAUCCUUGUUGAUCAAGGAUCCAAAAGAAAGAGGAACUGCAGAAUCGUGCCUUAAACAUCCUUGGAUCCUCACGGAGUCAGAAGCCUCUCAAGGUCUUGGUGGAGCUAUGAUUAGUGCCGUUAAACGAGGCUGUCUUGAGGCUGUGUCUCAAUUAUUACUGCAAGGAGCACCAUUGAAUGUGAAAGAUUCUAAAGAAGAUACGCUUUUGCACAUAGCUUGUGAAGCGGGAGAUGAGGGAAUGGUAACUUUUUUAAUAGAAAAUGGAAUAGACCUGGAUACACCCAAUAUGAAAGGUUUAACACCGCUACAUGUGGCUGCUAGGCAUGGUUUCAUUAAUCUUGUUAGACAUUUGUGCCUUGCUGGUUGUGACGUUGAUAAAUCAAAUCGUGGGAUUAGAGCGGAUGUAACAGCAAUCAAAUACGGACAUCUUGAUAUUGCAUCACUAUUGGAUAAGCUUCGAAAUCCUAUUCAACGUGAAAAUUAUAUUAAACAGUUGCAACCAACACAUAGACCAAUAGAUCGUCUACAUAUAAGACUUUUAGGACAUUGUGCAUCAGGAAAAUCCUCCUUAAUAAAUUCUUUAAAAUCGGGCAUUUUUAGUUUUGGAUUUUUUAGAAGGUCCAGAAGUCAGAAUUAUACCGCAAAGUAUGAAGGUACACAAGGAGUAGAAUGGAGCCGUGGUAACGUAGGUGGAGAAUGUGUCUUUUGGGAGUUAUGCGGUCGUGAGGAAUUUUUACCGUCUUAUCACUAUGUACUCACUUUUCAACAACCUGCUGUGCACCUUAUUACAGUCAGUUUGAGGGAGCCUCUUACUGUACAACUUCAACAAGUAAAAUUUUGGCUACGAUUUAUUUCAGAUCGUAUUGCAUCAACUAAUUUUGGUUUUGGUGGCAAAUACAGUGAUGUUAAAGUAAUUUUGGUCGGGACUUAUGCUCCAGAACCUCUUGCAUCAAAUUCAAAUAGUGGUAGUCUUCUUGCCCCACUUUUGCCUUUUUUGAAAGAGUUCACACCAAUUUUGGGAGAUGAACCGCAAAUGGUCGCAGUGGAUGCAACUAAUUCUUCUAGUCCUGGUCUGAAACUUCUAAGAUCUUACUUGAAUAAUGCAAGGAUGGAAUUUUUAGAGGAAGGACCGGAAGUUGCAGAAAGUAUUCUCCGACGUGACACGCCGCGGGCUGCGGCCUCGUACGUGCCCUUGGCGAAUCUUGAUAAACAGAGUGCACUAGUAUGGACUGGUUUGGCUGAUUCUUGGAGGUCGUAUGUUCAAUCUUUAGAGGUACCUCCAGUUAUGUUCACACAAGAAGAAUUUUUGAAGGAAGUGAGAAAAAUAAAUCCAUUAGUUUCUUUAGAGCAUUGUAGGCACCUUGGAUUGCAAUUACAGAAUUUAGGGGAAUGCAUGCUCCUUCCUGAGAAUUUAAUAGUUUUAAGUCCGGAGUGGUUCUGGCAGGAUGUAAUAAACUGGCAAUUAAGUCUAGAACAGAGGGGUCGUCUUGGUGGUCGAACUACAGGGGUUUAUGCUUUAGAAGAUUUUCAGGCUCGUUGUCCUUGUCCUGCAGGACAAGCUUUGCAAGCUUUACAGGCUGUAAAUUUGUGUGUUGCAUGCGAAGUGGAUGAUGAUGAAGUAGAGUAUGAAAUUCCAUGUUUGAAUUUUAUCGAGCGCCUACCAGGAUUAUGGGAACCAUGGAAAUCUAACUCUAAUAGUUUGCCACAUACUGGUCUUCGUCUAGCCCCAUCUGAGGCGCCGUUGUAUCAUUUGAUUGCAGUAUUUCCACAUUUACAAGCACAAUUGAGAAAAAUCACUCAAUCAUGGGAUCCAUCGAAUUCAGAUUUGUAUCAAUGGUGGAGAGGAUCGAAAUUAUGCAUCGGUCCUUGUGAAAGUAUCAUUACCUUCGAAGAAGAAGAACAAAGUUGUAUGGAAAUAAGGGUACGCGGACCGCGAGGCACUAGUGCUCAAUGUUUUGCUCUUUUCAGCAUUAUUCUUGAUGCUAUUGAAACAACAAUUGAAUUAGUAGCUCCUGGAAUGUUACUUGAAAGACAUUGGCUAAGUCCUAGUCAACUUCGAGAGUAUGAUGAAGUUAUACAUUCAUGGGAACCAGCACCCGUUAUAUCAGCUUUAAUAGAUAAAGGUCUUGAAGAAGCAACACUUAAAAAUCCUUUAAAUGGUCGAGAAGAAACUGUAUGGGAAAUAGUAAGUUGUGGACUACCUUUAGUAGAAAACUGUCUUCCUGGACCAAAACAGGCAAUAAAGUACAUCAAGCCUGCUGUACAAAGAAGAUUAGCACAGAUGCUCGAUCCACCUGAUCGUCACGGAAGAGAUUGGUGUUUACUCGCUGUUAGACUUGGUUUAGGAGAUCGAGUAGCUCAAUUAGAUAGCACAGUAGACAGUCCAACUUUGAGAUUACUAAACACGGCGGGGGCUGAUUGCACCGUGGGAUCUCUGAUACAACAAUUACGAGCUCUUGACCGAGAAGAUGCUGUACACCUUUUACUCUCUUAUGCACCAACGUACAUAUUGUCGACGGCUACUGACUCUGAAACAGGAUCUAAUCUUUCCAGAUGACAAUGUUGCAUUUAUCAAUGGUGCAUUA